AUGAACCCUUGUGGUCAUGAGGAGGUGUUGAUAACAGGGCCUGCAGACACACCAUAUGCCAAUGGCUGUUUCGAAUUUGACGUCUAUUUUCCUCAAGAUUACCCAAACUCCCCUCCUCUGGUUAAUCUGGAGACCACCGGCGGCCACAGCGUCCGUUUUAAUCCAAACCUCUACAACGAUGGCAAGGUGUGUUUAAGUAUCCUGAACACCUGGCACGGGCGUCCCGAGGAGAAAUGGAACCCUCAGACCUCUAGCUUUCUACAGGUGCUGGUGUCAAUCCAGUCUCUGAUUCUGGUGGCUGAGCCAUACUUCAAUGAACCAGGUUACGAGCGUUCCCGGGGCACGCCGAGUGGAACGCAGAGCUCCAGAGAGUACGACGGAAACAUUCGACAGGCCACUGUCAAGUGGGCCAUGCUAGAACAGAUCCGCAACCCUUCACCCUGCUUUAAAGAGGUGAUCCAUCGGCACUUCUAUCUGAAGCGAGUGGAGAUCAUGGCCCAGUGCGAGGGCUGGAUCUGUGAUAUUCAGCAGUACAGCAGCGAUAAGAGAGUCGGACGAACCAUGUCUCAUCACGCAGCUGCACUAAAGAGGCACACGGCUCAGCUCAGAGAAGAGUUGUUGAAGCUUCACUGUCCUGAAGGCCUGGAGCCGGACGGGGAGGAGUUUUCCGAUAAAAGCACGUCGCUGAUGGUGAAAGAGCUGCCGGGUCAGGACGCAGAGAAGCAGACGGACAGCCCGGAUGCCCACUGUAGCGACGGCCAGCUAUGAUCCCCUGUCCCCCUGAAGCCCCGCCCACCGCCUUUGACUAUCCAUUGAUAUUGAAAAAAGACUGGAUGGCUUUGGUGAUUAAGCCAUUUUUUUUGUCAAUAUUUGUAUGUAAGAAUCUAAUUAUGUAAUAGCAUAAAAAGAGAGGACAGUCAAAGCAAAGAAAGUACAAGGAAAUGAAUCCGCUUACACCCACCAACACAAGAUGAACCGCUGAACUCUGCCCUGAAGAAAACAAAGAAAAGAAAAGAUCCUUUUAUUUACUUGUAAAAGAGUAUAAUUUUUGUGUGCGCUUUUUUCCUUUAUUUUCCCAAAUUGUUCAAUAACCACUGAUUGAUAUGUUAUUAAACUUGUUUAUGUAAACAAAAUGAAAGAUAAAAUCACAGUAUAUAUAAGGGAACUGCCUUUAGUGGAGAAUGUUUACCAAAUGUUAAUUUCUCUCUUUGUUUCUUUUCUUUUGGAUUGUUAGUGCAAGGACAGUUUGUAAGUGAGAAUAUACUGGUCAGUCUUUAAGUGAACUAUUUAAAAGAAGA